CGCCUUUUCCAUUAUGUACGGUGACAACUUCGAGUCUAUAGACUUCCUAGCUUCCUCGGCAGUGGAAGCAAACAUCUGGGUGGUGGGACUCACCGCCUUGAUGGGACUACAAAAAGACCCGUUGGAGGAGAAAGAGAAGAUGCGAGAACGCUGGCUGCAGAAGACCUUCGAGGUGGCUGUAGCGACUGUCCCGGAGUCUGAGGACGGCACAUUGGACCAGCAGCAGGUGGUGACGCUGGUGCAGAGAGUCUCGGGCCGCGCCUUCAGCAGCGACCAUAUCCUGCAGAAACUUGCCGAAUAUGACUACGUGAACAACCCUGGAAAGAGGGGACAACUUGACUGCAGAGGAUUUGUUGAGAUAUAUAAGGAAAUUACAGCCAGACCGGAUAUUUACGCUCUCAUGUACAAGUUCGCUCGCAGAGACUUUUUCACUGCUUAUGACCUGCUCUUCUUCUUGGCAGGCGAACAGGGCCUGAAAGACGUAACACUGGAGAGAUGUAUGGAGCUCAUCAACAACUAUGAGACUACAGAAGAAGGUCGCAACAAUAAGUACCUGACAGUCGAUGGUCUCGCAAGAUAUUUGACAUCGAAAGAAUGCGACGUGUUUGCUCCAUCACAUGCCGUUUUAUGGCAGGACAUGUCAAAACCGAUUACUGACUACUACAUUUCCAGCUGCCAGAAUUCAUUCCUUUCAGAGGGUCAGCUGAGAGGGGAUACGGGCGUAGAGGGAAUCAUCCGGGCGCUCGGCAGUGGCUGCCGAUCUGUCAGAAUUGACUGUUGGAAUACUUCACUAGAACAGACUGCCAGUCCAGAAAAUUAUGAAGAAACAAAGGUUCUCUUCCAAGAUUGUUUGGAAGUCUUCAGAGAGUUUGGUUUUCUCUCAACACCAUAUCCGUUGUUUGUCCACUUACAAAAUCACUGUGACAUAAAUGAGCAGAGGAAACUAGCAUCUGCAAUUAGAGAUGUGUUACGUGAUGCAUUGUAUGUGCAUCCAGAAGACAGCCAAACAGAUAUUUGUGAAAUGACUCUCGAAGAUCUGCGAGGAAAAGUAGUGAUUAUGGGACACAAGUUGCCACCAGACUGCAAAGAGGACGUGGGAGAAGUCCAUGAUGAGCUCCUCGAUGAUGAUGGUGCAGUAAUAGGUGGAGAAACUCAUCUUCUUUGUAGGGAGCUAUCAGAUUUAAUAUCACUUGGAAGCAUACAGGUGAAUGAACCUCACUCUGCAGUGUCCAGUGAAGUGGAAGUUGUUUCUAAAACAUUCACUGGGAACAUGACAUCCACUUACCUAGAACCAUUCUUAAAUGAAUAUAAAAGGUACUUCACUAAGAUUAUCUUCAGUGAUUCAAAAAAUGUGCCUCAAAACAACAAACCAUUGGAUACUUGGAGCUCUGGCUGUCAAAUGGUGGCCUUAAACUACCAUGGCUCUGGCCAUUUGAUGGACAUAAAUGACGGACGAUUUCGUGAAAAUGGGGGAUGUGGAUAUGUUUUAAAGCCAGAAAUCAUGCGAGAUCACUUCACUUUAUAUAAAUCUGAUAUGAAAGACUGGAUACCUGGAGUGAAACCUCAAGUACUGCAUAUAAAGAUUAUAAGUGCACAACAUUUACCAAGGCCUCGAAGAUCUUCAGCGAAGGGUGAUGUUAUAGAUCCAUAUGUCAUCGUUCAAGUACACGGAACGCCAUCAGACUGUGCUUUAAAGAGGACUAAAACUCUUACAAAUGAAGGUGAAUCUCCAGUAUUUGAAGAAAGUUUUACUUUUUACUUGGCUCUGCCAGAAGCAGCACUAGUGAGAUUUAUAGUUCUUGAUGAUGAGUUCAUUGGUGAUGAUUUUAUUGGACAAUAUACAGUUCCUUUUACAUGUUUACAACCAGGGUAUCGUCAUAUUCGUUUGAUGGCCUCAAAUGGGGAACUGAUACCAAAUGCACUCCUGUUUGUCCACAUCUCAGUGACUUAUAAAAGAUGUUUUAGGGAGGGUGAAAAACCAACAAAAAAUGGAUGUUGUGGCUGCAGAGACAAGCAUUUUAAACUGUCUGUCACAAAGUGGCCACCAGGGAGAGCAGUGAAGGAAAUGAAGAAAAGAGCACGAUAUGCCAGAACUCUUGCCACCAUACUGAAGUUUGGAAUAAAAAACUUGGAUGACAUAUUCAAGGAUGUAAUUCCAGAUAUGGAAGAUGCUCUGCGGCUACGCACUGAAGCAGAGAUGGCGAUGGACGAGUUACGCUAUGAAUGUGGUGUAGAUGAAACAGCAAAUAUGAGUCACUGUUUGAAAGUACUGUUACAACGAUAUGAAGCAACCCCACAAAUAACUAAUGUGUCAAUUACAUCUCAGAAUGGGCUACAAAUGGUGAGAGUUCAAGGGUCGGACAUACCAGAAUUUGUUGACCGAAGUCUGGUAAUUUUGGAGAAAGCACUUAAAAGUUCACAGUACAUUUUAGAGCAUAGUGAUAACCUGGUAGCUGAACUUGAGAGGAAAUUGGAUGUCAUUCAAGUAGAUUAUGAGGAUUUCCCACAGUUAGCAGUGUCGGUUGGUGCCACAGGAAAGAGACUAAAUACUUUUGUGGAAUAUUUUGUUGUGAAUGUGCGGAGACUGAAGGGGCAAAUUGACCUACUAAAGACAUGUAAAGAAGACUCCCAACUCUUUUUAACACAGAUUUCUGAUGCUGCAGCUGUCAUGGAGAGAUUAAACAUUGGGAAAAAGCAACUGCAUACUUCAACUAAUGUUUCCAAAGUGAAAAUAAACAAGAAUUUAUCUGUGGAAAAACAGUCCUCAAAGCUACAUUCAGAUUCCAGUAUCGCAUCUACUGCACAACCUAGCUCAUCAGGAUCUUCAUCUGGUGAAAUAAAACUAAAGAGUAUUUUGAAGAGACCAACUAAUAACAAUCAACAUGAAAGUGUGGACUGUGAAGAGGCAUACUUUGGUAACAACGUAACAACGAACAGUGCUACAGGGACAUGGAUGUAGAGAUGUGUUACCUCUGUAUAGGCGGUCUAUUAAUUCAAAGUAAUGAAAUCGUUGCCAAAGGAAGGAGAUAAACAAUUGUGUGUUUUUCUCCUGUCACAGGUCUGUGUCUGUGUCUGUGUCUGUGUCUGUGUGUGUGUGUGUGUGUGUGUGUGUGUGUGUGUGUGU